AUGGGCCGCCGUGCCGUGAGGCUGCUGGUUGUGCUGGCGGCUCUUGUGGUCCUUGAGAGGCCAGCCGGUCACUCGUCAGGUACUGGCGCAUACAACUUCGCGGGGCAUGUCAGCAGCCGGCACCGCCAAGCGGGGGUGGCUCGCCGAUGCGAGUUCCAGCAGAAGCGCGAGGCACUUAAGGAGUGCCUGGCCCGCGAGUACCGGAGCUUCUUUCGACCCUUCGAGGCCGAGUUUUACGAUGAGGACGUCUCCUUCAAGGAUCCACUGAACAACCUCGCUGGAAAGGACAGCUACAAGGCCAAUGUGGAGAUGUUGUCUGGAGACAGCUUUGUAGGGAACCUGCUCUUCUCAGACGGCUUCAUUGACCUCCAUGGUGUGGAGGAGGUUCCAGGGCAGCCCACGCGACUCCGGACACGCUGGACACUAGGCUUCGUCUUCAAGCUGCUGCCAUGGAAGCCCCGGGCCCUUUUCAGCGGGGUGUCCGAGUACGAGAUCGACGGGCAGAGUGCCAAGGUGCUUCGUCAGCGUGAUUACUGGGACACGCUGAGCUUGCAGAAAGGUGGCGAGUACGUUCCGGAGCCGCCUCUCAGUGGCCUCAAGGAUCUCGUUAGCCAACUCCUUCCAAGUGCGCUGAAGCCUGCAGAGGCUCGCGAGCCAGCCGUUGCCGAGGACGCAGGUUGGGAGCUGUUGCGAAGAGCUGCAGCCUACCGCAUCUACCGCAGCUCCGACGGCAGAACAUUCGCCGUUCCGGCGCCGAGCUUCACUGCCGGCCUUGCAGGUGUGAAGGCAGAGAUGGAGGCCCACGGUCUGAAAGCAGGCCAGGUUCGCGAAGUGAACGGUGUGCAGUCUCUGGAGCUGGCGGAGCCGAACCCGUGGGUCGGUGCGGAAGCCGUGCUGCAGGCUGUGUAA